AGACAGCGGCUAGCUGGCGGGUCGCCGCCUCUUCACGCGGAGCGUGUCGAUCUCGCCCUGCAGCGCAGCUAACGGACCGCCUUCAGCCUCGCAGUCAGGAGAGAGACCGCUAGUUCUCCGCAAGCGAAGAGGAAGACGCUCGCGGCGCGCAGCGAUGAAGAGCAGCGCGCGCAGGACGCGUUCACGCGCAUGAUCCCGCACCGAGCGCCAAACUUUCAGAGGACGGACGCGCUGAUCCGGAUCCGAGUCGUCGAGAUAAAAGAGAAGAGGAAGAUCACUGGACGAGAAGAGAAAGACAGAAGACUGUUAGAAAGUGAAGGUAGAGGAAGAAAAAGAGAGCUAUGAUGGAUCCGUUACCUAUGGAUUCAGGAACAGUAGAUGAGUUGGUGGACUUCUGCAUACAAUCCUUUGACAGCGAAGGCACGAUUAAAGACACCUCCUUUGUAAAAAUGUUUCUGAUGAUGCAUCCUUGGUAUAUAUCUUCCACCGAUCUAUCCAAGAAACUGCUGCAAAAGUCACAGGAAGGAAGCGCUGAGGAUAUCAGAGCCAAAAUAUGCCACCUCGUCAAGUACUGGAUUUCCGAAUUUCCAGUAGAGUUUGAUCUGAAUCCUGCUUUGGCUGACCAGAUAAAAGACCUGAGAGAGAACCUGAACACUGGCGGCAAUGAAACACAGAGUCAAUUGAUUGAUGUAGAGAGUGUGCCCUCGUAUAAAUGGAAAAGACAGGUUACCCAGAGAGUUCCAUCAAUGUCAAAAAAGAGAAAAAUGUCUCUUUUGUUUGAUCACCUUGACCCCUGUGAGCUUGCUGAACAUCUGACCUAUCUGGAGUACAAAUCCUUCUGCAAAAUAAUGUUUCAGGAUUACCACAGCUUUGUGAUGCAUGGCUGUACGGUAGAUAACCCCAUCCUUGAGAGGUUUAUUACGCUCUUUAACAGCGUCUCGCAGUGGAUUCAGCUGAUGGUUCUGAGUAAACCAACUGCACCGCAGAGAGCUGCUGUGAUCGCACACUUCUUACAGGUCGCACAGAAACUGCUUCAGCUGCAGAAUUUCAACACGCUGAUGGCGGUGGUCGGGGGUCUCAACAACAGCUCCAUCUCUAGGCUCAAAGAGACACAGGCGCACAUCAGCAAUGAAACCAAUAAGAUCUUUAACAGUUUGCUGGACCUGCUGACGUCUUGCGGAAACUAUAGUCAGUACCGGCGCCGCUUCGCAGAAUGCACUGGUUUCCGAUUUCCGAUCUUGGCUGUUAAUCUCAAGGACUUGAUAGCUGUUCAUGUCGCUCUUGCGGACUGGACAGACCCUCAGAAGACUCGCGUCAACCUGACUAAAACUCAGCAACUCUAUGUCAUCCUCCAGGAACUGGCUCUCGUGCAAAACAAUCCUCCCAACAUCGAGGCCAACACAGACUUGCUCAAUCUACUUACAGUUUCUCUGGAUCAGUACCACACAGAAGAAGAGAUUUAUCAGCUCUCAUUACAGAGGGAACCCAGAGCUGCGAAACCAGCGAACUCAAGCUCCUCCUCCAGUCCAACUCCUAAACAGCCGUCAAUGAUUGACGAGUGGGCAGCAUCAGUCAAGCCCAAAGCUGAUCCUGCCAUCAUCAGCAAACAUAUCGAGAAGAUGGUGGAAUCUGUGUUCAAGAAUUUCGACACAAAUGGCGACGGCUUCAUCUCACGUGAGGAGUUUGAGUGUAUCAGGAAUAACUUCCCUUAUCUCAGCAAGUUCGGAGAACUCGAUAAAAAUCAGGAUGGAAAGAUCAGCAGAGAGGAGAUGAUAGAUUACUUCAUGAAGGCCAGUUCUUUGCUCAACUGUAAGAUGGGCUUCAUACACACCUUCAUUGAGACCACGUAUGUGAAACCCACCUUCUGCGAACACUGCACCGGCUUUAUAUGGGGAUUUUAUAAACAAGGAUACAAAUGCAAAGUUUGUGGUGUGAACUGUCAUAAAGCAUGUCAUGGACGCCUGACGGUCGAAUGCCGUAAAAGAACGAAGAGCAUCAGUCAUGAGACCCCACCGUCACUGCAGUCCAGAUCCUACAGCUUUCCUCUGCCCAGCAAUGCCCCGUCUAACCUGCAGAACACAGUCAUCACAGAAGAGGAUGUAGAGGCGGCUGAACAGGCUGUCUUUGACUGUCAUCUCUAAAUUGAUUUUUGUCCGACUUCAUGAAUGAUCAGCAUGUCGGCAAGGAGUCUCGCGUUGAGGCAAAUUUCUUCCAGUCGCGCCUAGCACAACAAUGUCGAAGGAAAAAAAAAGAUGUAAGAUAGGGGGUUGAACGUGGACAUGCUGCUAUCUGCUGGACUGAAGCUGCAACUGAUCUACCGCCUCCUCCCUGCUCAAGUCUGAAUGUAAUCUCGCACAUAUCUCACAAUAUCAAGCGUAUUUGUAGGAUUCAUCGUUAUGGUGUGCAUUCUUCCCAGGUUGCUUGAAAUACCUUUUAAUUAUAUAAAUGAAAAGGAGGAAUAUUCAGAGACUCUGAGGUACGGGAAAGUUUUUUUUGAGUACGUUCGCUGUAGUGAUACAAUCUUUGGUUAAAUGCAACUGAAUCGGAGCUUGAAGUCACCAGAGCGGUCGUGGUGGCAUAGAUCAGGCGUGUUGGCAUCUCUAAUAUUAUGCAACCAACUAUGUUAUUUAAACCUUUGAAUAUAUUGCAUCAAAAUGUUUCAAAUGAAUGUAUUUCGAAAGAGUUAACUGCAAUAAAUAAAAGAAGUAGUCGAUAUUUCAGCCGUAACUGAUGCAUCUGUUUUGAACGCUGUAAAAAAAACCGAAACAAUGAUCUGUAUAGAUAAAUUAUGAAGGAUUGUAGAAUUAAAAGAGUUAAAAGAAUCAACUGAAACAAUGGAUUUUUUGUAAAGCCAUUCACACCAUGACUGAACAUUCGCCAGACAAAGUUUGUUUGGUUGUUGUUGAGAAAAUAAGAUUUCAUCUUUCGGUUUUCAGCCGCGUAUCUGAGCAUUAAACACUAACCGAUAAAGAAGUGAAUUGAAAGAGUCAUACACUCAUGAUGGUUUAGAUGUAAUACAAAUGAAAUGGCUCCAUGGCUCCAGUGGAGAUUUGAAUGAUUUCCAAUACCUUAUUUUAGAAUGCUUCAAGUUAUCAAUAUAAAAAUGUGAAUAGGAAAAUGGCAUCUUCGUGGGAAAAAUGACAUUAUCAUGGCCUUUCGCUGAAGAACUAAAUCUAAUUAUAAUGGUUAUAAGUAGUUCUUGUGGUUCUGUGUUCAAAAGAUGUUUCCUUUUUCUGCCUCUGUUGUUGUGAGAUGCCAAAAACACCAUCUGUUUCACAACACUAGGUUCAAAGUUGAGAAUAUUCCCGCUCUGCCUCUUUUUUAAUGUACUGUAUGUCGUAGCAUUAGCUGUUAAGAUGUAAUUUACAAUUUUUUUCCAACGAUCUGAGAAAUGUUGAUAUUAGCCUGGGGAAUCUGACUCUUAUAUUACUUAGGCAUGUAACAUGUUUUGUAUGCAUAUUAACUGGUAUGCUUUUUUUCAUAUAUUCUAUGCUUUUCGUCGAAUGUUUUGUUUUAUUUGUACAGUGUUUUGUCAUUAAUUAAAAAAAUGAAGAUUUGUUUACAGUGACGAUGUAUUUUAUCUGUGGUGUUGCACACUGUAAUACAAAAGAUGAUUUUUUUUUUUUUCAUGGUGAUGACUGAAUGUAUUUUUUUCAUGCAACCAACUUUUUAAUGUGCAGGUCUGUAGGAUUUUUCAGUUACAAUAAAUAUCGAUAUCGCAAAAUCCA